UUUCACUAUACGCUUGGACAUCACACACAUACACACAAUGAGCUCUGUCUUUGAACUGGAAACACUUCAUUUCAUGCAUUGGAUUUGAGUAACUGCGGAUUUUUGCUCCAUAUGAGGAAGAAAAUCUUGAAAGCACCUUGUCUCUUCUUGAGUCUGUUCACAAGUUUGAAUCUCUGCUCUGGGAAAUUUGGGACACCGAUCACUGAUGAUGUGAGCAAGCUGUCGUUAUUGAAGCAGAAUAUCCCCUCUGAUUAUGAGAUUCCUGUUAGUUACAUUCCCAAAGAAGUGGCUGGCACGUGCUGGGUGGUGUUAAAUAUCUAUCCUUUGGAGGAAAGUCUUUGUAAGCUCGGCAACAUGUUUGGCGCCAUCUCCUCCAACAAAGAAAACAUAAUUGUCUUCAUUGCCAUGCUGAAGAGUUUACGCUUCACCUUUGACCACGAGGAACUGGAAACGGCGAUGCAAGUCUUCCAGUGUCACUAUCAGGAAGGGCGCCUAAUGUCUGGUCUUUAUUUCGACUACAUCAAAGACGUCUUACAAACCGCCUCUGAAGGAACAUCAGGCUUCUCGUGCAAGCCGCCACCGUGCAAUGCACGACAACCAGGGGGUCAGGAGAAGGGUCGUGAAUACAGCUGGUCGAGAGCUCCCUUGCUGCUGACUCUCAUCCCCUUUACAGCUUGUGUUAUUAUCCUAGUGUGGCUGGUGAAGUCUGGAAGGCGUUUACCACUUUGCAACACUGAAAAUAACCAAAUGGCACCUUCUGACAUGAUCCCAACUGUGUCUAUCUCCAUCCCGCUUCAAACGCUCACCCACACUGCUGACACUCAGCCAGUGGGGGAGGCGAUCCCUGAACACGAGAGUGGAUGAAGCAUGACUAACAGCAAAAAGGGAAAUCUGGACAGCAGCACAACAACUCACUUUCCAGGUUGUUCCGUUAUUGGCAGGAUCCUGCCAGAUAAACGAGUGUGAACUGACACUCUUCCUCUGCUUUCACUCAUCAGAGUGCAUGGACCAUGAGCGACGAGAGAAAAACUCACCUGCUCGUGAAGGCAUUGCAAAAUCCCCCCUGGCACUUCUAGCGUUCAGCCAUCCUACAAGGUUGCUUGGGACCAAAGGAAAAACACAAUGGUUGGUUAUCUGCCAAAAUGGCUGGUGAAGUACAUUAAUUGUCUCAUCUUGGCCAGUGUUUAACAGCAUUUGGCUUUGGCCUUCUCCGAGCAGACCAAGUUGAUUUUGUUACAUUCCUGCCACUCUGAACUGUUCCACUGUCCAUUCAGGGUGUUGCCCUGCUCUAGUUAUGUCCAAAAUGUCCAAAUGUUAUCACACUGUUUGGAGGACGGCAUUUCAUUCUGACAUGGGGUCCCUGUCUGCAAUUUUUUGGCUGUGUCCCGGUGGUUACAGAGACUGUCCUUUCACUGCUGUAGAGUCAACUGACAAUACACUGAAUCCCAACAUGCUUCUCUGACUUCUACUGAAAUGUGUUUAAUGCGGACAAGUGCAUUUCAAUUACAACAACACCAGAGUUACAAGGGGGUGAUUGAAGAAGCUGCAUUUGAUCUACUGUAGCCUGUUGUUGACGUUAUUCUGAUCUGUGAUCUGCCACAAAUCGCCAACCUGCUAGUCGCAAACAACACGCCGAGCAGUUCAACAAGCGUCCUACUUUGUGUAUCAAAGAUCUGACCAGAUGGCAGAUAGCCAUCGCCAGAGGCACUUUGAAUCCCGUCAUUGUGUUUCAAAGCUGUUGCCCAGUGAUCUAUAGCUGCUGCUCUGCUGCAGUGAGUGUGUUAGAGUUUUUAAUGCCUUAUUCACCGAGUCAAUCACGUUCAGUCAUGAGAACAUGACUCCCCGAGUGUGAGCGCUCUUGUACUGUAUGUGUCAGAGAGAGGGAGCGAGGGACAGGACAGGCAGGACGAGGGAAAGUGAGGGAGAUAGGGAUGGAUAGAUGGACGGACAGACGGAUGAGCUCAGUGAGAAGCAUAAGGAGGGCUUGUUCUCGUCACAAAAGAACUGGCCGUAGGCUGGAGGAAAUACCAGUUACAAACACGACUGAUGUCGGCAGAUCCCUAUGAAUCAACAGGCGAAGAAUCUUUCCAAACCGCAGGCUAUGUAGCCUCAUCUACAGAGGAUUGUUAGCAUUUCAAUAACAGUUUUCUGUAUUCUAAUGAUUUACUUCCAAAACACAUCAAUGAAAUAUGGAUCGUCAAUUUAUUAGAAUAAGGUAUACAAAUUACUUGUUCGCUUGCUUUUCCGCUGAGCAGUUUGUAGAAUUUUCUUUGUUUUUGUGAAAAUGUAUUUUGUGUAUUUGUGAGAUGUUUAAAUUAUUGUUUACAAGAUAAACCACUUACAAAAAGGUAAUGAUCUUUUUCUACAGUUGUAAUAGUUAAAAUUGAUGUCAUGAAUGUAUGAGGGGUAGACAAAAUACUGUGAAAACACACAUUUAAAAGGAAGUAAACCAUUAUCGUGAAGCGUACUACAGCGCUGGGUCAUGUAGUCAGAUGCCAGUAGCUAUAUUUGUCACCCCCCUAUAUGCAUGUAUAUUGUAAAUCUGAUCACUUGUCAUGAUUUACAAGACUUUGACUGAAGCUUGUUUGACUGUUUGUCUGUUAUCUGUCUCAUAUUGUUUUUUUUUUAAAUAAUUCACAUAUAAAAGUGCUUAUGUCUUUUAUGUGUAGUUGAUUGGCAUUCACAUUCAGAAUACCAUAUGACCCACAUACGUAGCACUUUAUGACAGUGAUUUGGUCAACGUACCUUUUAACGAAAUGUUUGAAGAACAUUGAAGAGGCGACAUUAUUUUGUCCACCCCGUGCAAACAAGAAAAAUCAUGUUGUCAGUAUUAUAUGUAUGAUGUGAGACUAUUUGUCAACAAUGUAAAGAAAUAGAUAUUGGUAUAUCCUAUUAAUGUUGUAGUAACAAGAACUCAAUGAACUUGCAAAAAGAUGCAACGAAGAGCCUGAUUUAAGGUUUUUGAAGUGAGAUCUUGAAUCUUACUCGUAAGCAUCUCAGAUCAGAGAUCAUACAUGUACAUGAUCAUGUAUGUCACCGACUCAGGCCUCCCUGACCACUGACGUCAUUUCAAAGAGACACAAAUUCACUGGCAGGAUGCUUUUUUUUUUCCAUUUCCAUGGUUAUUGAUAGCACAAAUAACAACAGAUAAAAAGUGUUUUUUGGUGAUUAAACUUGUAAUAAAACAGAAUUUGUGGUUUUAAUGUAUCAUAUUGAGCUGGAUCCUGUUUUACUCCAACUUCUUUGUUUCCAUCGGACAUUUGACAGCAGUUUACUUUUUUUUUAAAGAUAUGUAAAGUGAUG